AUCAGAAUAAAGGCAUCACUAGCAGCACUGUCCCAGCUAGCCAGCAGCUGUUCUCCCAGGGAAAUACAUUCCCACCAGUCCCCAGAUCAGCAGAGAACUUCAGAAACAGCAGCCUGGUUCCUCCUGGGACCAUUGUUCAGCCACCAGCUUCUGCAGGGCAAAUGCUGGCCCAGAUCUCCCGCCACUCCAACCCUACACAGGGCACAGCUCCUGCCUGGAACCCCAGCACCCGUCCUGGCUUCGUUGCCCAGGUGGCCCCCCCACCAGCAUCCAAGACCCGGUCCCCUCAGUUUGCUGUCAGCAACUUCCAGACGCCAUCUUCCUUCAGCCCCAUGUCUCUGGCAGGGACCCCCAGUGCAUCGUCGGGUGCUGCUGCCUACCCCAGCCUCACCAGUCGGGCCUCUAGCUUUGCCACUGAAGCCGGACAGCCCUCAGGGCAGUUUCAGGCCCGCACAGCAGAAGGAGUGAGUGUGUGGCCACAGUGGCCACAGGGGCAGCAGACCCACCACCGGUCCGGCUCUGGGGAGCAGCAUGUGCAGCCACCACCACAGCAGCCCAGCCAGCCUGAAGUCUUCCAGGAGAUGCUGUCUAUGUUGGGAGACCAGGGUAACACCUAUAACAAUGAAGAAUUUCCUGAUUUAACUAUUUUUCCUUCUUUUUCAGAAUAGAACUGUUGGGGUGAGGAUUAGGGGGUGGGGAGAGAAAUCACUUUUUGUUUUAUAAAAACAAAUCUUUCUGUAAACAGAAUAAAGAUCCUCUCCCUUCCCCUCCCUCACCCCCAAAAUCCACCUCAUGCCCCCCUUUGUUCCCUAUUUCCACUGUCUUCCCUCUCCCUCCAGGUAAAAUGGUCAGAAUCAGUGGAAUGGAUUUUCAGGGUCUUGAGAACCUUUGAAAAUUGAGGCCAGACAAACUGGGGGAUUUUCCCCCCAUUUCUCCUGACGAGAGUUUUGUGCAGAGAUGAAGCUUGGAGCAUCACAGGCUGGAGGAUACUACACAGAGACCUCCAGGUCCAGCUGCAAAGUGUUUGAUAAUCAUCUUGGAUGCAGAGACUUUUUUAUAUAAACUCUGAAUUGGACCAUGAAAGGGGUGGGGAAAAGGAGAAGUACCUCUGUGUGUGAGGCCCAAGAAAGAGCAGGGAUGUGGCUUUAGGAAUGGACACACAGGAACGUGUGCGAAUAAUUCCUCCAGAAACAAAGCUUGUGGGAG